AUGUCAUCAAUAGCGGGAUUGGCCUUAGAUGAAGAUGAGAACCCACGUAUGCGCGUUGACAGAUUAAUUCCUUUAACCAACAGUUCUGUUUUGCCAGAUACGAAGGAGGGCCUCAAUGUGAUCGUUCUGUCUCCUGGAGCUGAUUUCACUCCUUCUUCAGCUCUUCUGGAACAUUGUCCCUUCAUUGAGGAAGGCUUCUUUUGUCGUCCUCUUCCAGAUACUGAACGCCGACGUUUCCUAUUUGAAUGCCCUAAGAACACCAUUCGCUCGUAUGAUCCUUCUGAACUCAAUAAAGUUAACCUGUCGAGUCCCGCUGGCUACUUCGACACUCAAUGCACGGUGUCUAGUUUCUUCUAUCUGGUCUUACUUGUCCUUUUGACUGAUUUGCCUAUCAACUGGUUCACAGUCAUUGGGAUCUUGACACUACUCGUCAGUGAUCUCUGGAAUUCGUCAAGGCUAUUCAAAAGAUUUUAUCCGAACUGGCGUUGCACGACACCAAGGAAUGUACUCCCAACAUGCUCAGGAAAAUUUCUGCUUCUUGUGGCCCGCCUUCCGAUGAACCUCAGAGCUACCUCUUGGAUCCCAAAGACACGAUGGACCACACCAUAUUGACUCAG